UCCCUUAGACUCCGCCCCUACCCUGGUUCCCGCCUCCCUCCACUCAGGUCCCUCCCUUUUCUCCGCCCCUAAAACGAGUCCAGAACAGUUCGGCUAAUAAUCAGCUUGCUCUCCACAUUUACCCCGCCUUCGUGAUGCAACUUCCGCUCCUGCGCUCUGAGGCCUUUCCUGGCUCCGCCCCUACCCCCGCCUCCAGGCUCCGGCUCCGCUUGUAGAUUCCCUCGCGCCCCGAAGGGGCCGAGAGGGAGCGAGCGAGUGAGAGAGCUCAGGAGGAAACGAGGGCGGGAGCGGCCAACCUCCGGCCCGGCAUAAAUGGAAAACAUGGAAGGAAGGAAGCAACCAUGUCUCACUCCUACUCCUCAGUCUGUGGGUAUGUUUGCUGAUAAGAAUUUGUUCCUGUGGACUCUUUGCUCAGUGUUGCUGCCUGUGUUGAUCACCUUGUGGUGUAGUUUCCAGAGAUCCCGGAGGCAGCUUUAUCAGAAGGACAUUUUCCGAAAGAGCAAACACAACUGGCAGGAUACAGAUCUUUUCAGUCAACCGACCUACUGCUGUGUGUGCACCCAGCACAUCCUCCAGGGUGCUUUUUGUAACUGUUGUGGGCUGUGUACUGGUGAAGAUUGCCUCAAGAAAGCAGACCGCCAAUUCCAGUGCAAAGAGAUCAUGCUUAAAAGUGAUGAGAUGGUCCAGGACUGCAUGCCUCACCACUGGAUCCGAGGCAAUGUACCUCUCUGCAGUUACUGUGUUGUUUGCAAGCUGCAGUGUGGUAACCAGCCCAAGCUCUGCGAUUACAGGUGCAUUUGGUGUCAGCAGACAGUACAUGAUGAUUGUAUGGAAAGUAGCCUAAAGAAUGAAAAAUGUGAUUUUGGAGAAUUCAGAAACCUCAUCAUUCCCCCAAGCUAUUUGAAUGCCAUCAAUCAGAUGCGUAAAAAAAAAACUGAUUAUGGAAAGCUACCCUCACCUGUUGGAAAUCAGUGGACCCCAAUAAUCAUCCUAGUCAAUACUCGUAGUGGAAAUAACAUGGGUCAGAUCUUACUGGGAGAAUUUAAGAUUCUUUUAAACCCAGUCCAGGUUUUUGAUCUGACCAAAGUUCCCCCCAUCAAGGCCUUGCAGCUUUGUACUCUACUUCCUGACAAUUCUGUUCAAGUGCUUGUGUGUGGUGGAGAUGGCACUGUAGGCUGGGUCCUGGAUGCAAUCGAUCAGAUGAAGAUCAAGGGUCAAGAAAGGCACAUCCCACAAGUUGCAGUCUUGCCUCUAGGAACAGGCAACGAUCUGGCCAAUACAUUGGGUUGGGGUGCAGGUUAUGCUGGUGAAGUUCCAGUGGAACAGAUCUUAAGAAAUGUAAUGGAAGCAGAUAGAAUUGAACUAGAUAGGUGGAAAGUCCAAGUAACGAAGAAAGGAUAUUACAAUUUAACAAAACCAAAGGUGUUCACAAUGAAUAACUAUUUUUCUAUUGGACCUGAUGCUCUGAUGGCUCUAAAUUUUCAUGCUCACCGUGAGAAGACGCCAUCCCUGUUUUCUAGCAGAAUUAUUAAUAAGGCUGUUUAUUUAUUCUAUGGAACCAAAGAUUGUUUAGUACAAGAAUGUAAAGAUCUGAAUAAAAAAGUUCAGCUAGAGUUGGACGGUGAGCAAGUAAAUCUGCCUAAUUUGGAAGGAAUCAUAGUUCUCAAUAUUGGAUACUGGGGAGGUGGCUGCAGACUGUGGGAAGGAAUGGGAGAUGAGACUUACCCUCUAGCCAGUCAUGAUGAUGGGCUAUUAGAAGUAGUUGGAGUGUAUGGUUCUUUCCACUGUGCUCAGAUUCAAGUGAAAUUGGCUAAUCCUGUCCGAAUAGGUCAGGCACAUACGGUUCGGUUGAUCUUGAAGAGCUCAAAGAUGCCAAUGCAGGUAGAUGGAGAGCCUUGGGCCCAAGGGCCCUGCAUAGUAACCAUAACUCAUAAAACACACGCCAAGAUGUUGUCUUAUACUCGGGAACAAACCGAUGACGAUGCCUCCAGCACAUCUGAGCAGGAGCACACCCGAGAGACUGAGCAUACUGAUGAAGACAUCUAAUCAUCUACUCAGAGCAGACCACAGAGAUCUUAAUCUAUUCUUCAGUUUCUUUAGUGUGUUACUGGCACUGUAUAAAAAAAAAUAGAUAAGAUAUUUAUGGUAAGGACAAUUCUGAAGAAAACUGAGCUUUUCGUUAUUUGCAAAAGCUCAAUGCUUAGUUUCAGCAAAAUACUUUCAUUGUAUGCUCUUCGGCUAAAAGCUAUAGAAGUUACACCAUUUGCAAAAUAUAUUAUUUUUUCAUUGUAUGUUUUUAAGCCAGGGAGUCACUUUUAAAUAUGUACUGUCUCAUUCAUUUUUCUUGUAUAACAUGUCUUGUGUGCACAUUUUAUGUGCAUCAAGGUGUGAUCUGAAGGAAAAAAAACGGUUCUUUUCCUAUAUCAUUUUUUGGUUGAUGGCACUGGAACAUAAAAAGUGCACUGAUUUAAAGUAGGGCUGCAUGGAAUCUUAGUCAUUGAUAAAAAUGUCCAUCUACUUGGCUGCACUUUAUUUCUUAAGAGAAGAUUCCUAUAUCACUAGGCAGAGUUCAUCCACAAAUACUCAUUCUUAGGAAACCAUGAGAGUGCUUUUAAAGAAAGAAGAUCCCUUUAAAUUUUAUUAUAGGAUCAUCUUCAGACAGCAUUAGUUGGUUAAGUCAACAGAUGAUGACUUAAAGAGUUUGGUUUCAGAAUCUCUCUGUAACAUUCUUAGAACCAAAACACUCGAAAUGAAUUAAGCAGGAAAAACCUAUAAUUAAGUAGUUUGUCUGAACUCUGUUAAAACUCUCACUAUUGAUAGAAAUCUGGUCAUUUAAAGAGAUAUUGAAGAUUUAAAGUAUAUUUUAAAAUAUACAAGUGACGUUCAUUAAACAGGCACUGUACAAAGUAAGUAAAGUAUUUUAAAUACAGUCACAAGUUUUAAGGAAGAAAAAAGGUGCAGAGGUGAUUAAUAGGCAUUUUGAGUAUUCUUGGAUAUUUGAAAUAGAAUGUUCUUGACAUUCUUCCAUUUAAAAAAGACCAAUGAAUAAGUGUUUGCAUCUUAUGAUUUGUUUAAAAUGAGAAAUAUAUGUAUUUUUUACUUAUUUAUUUGCUGGUAUGUAACUAUGUGCAAUACAUAUCAGUUUGUUUAAUACACUGUGGUAGCUACUUCUGUUGGUCUAAAUGUUAUCAUCCCAAUGUUGUUUAAGGAAAUCCAUGACCCUUGCUUGGAUGGGGGGGGGGGGGCAGCUUAGCCAAAUAUUAUUGCUCUCCAAGUAUAUAGCCUUCCUAAAAAUUCGAGAAUUGAUGAAAAGCACUGACAAGUGGUCUUUGGAUAACUUGCAUCUGUAAACCCUCUAGCCUGGCAAACUGGCAAAAGUACAGUAUUAAAAAACUGGUCCCGUAGUCACCCACUUUUGCCCCAGAUGUCAGUCACAACUAUGAGCUGACCAGGCUUUCCAUUUUCCAUCCUGCCCAUUAUGCCAUAACAAAGUCCCAUCAGUUUUUAGAAGAGGUAUGGUUGUUUCUCUGGCAUCAGUCUCAGAAUAUUAAGAAUGUACUUCUGGCACUCCAGACAUCCCUAGCUUCUCUUAGUAACUAACCUUGACUAUAUCAUUUGUGAAUUUCUUUCACCCCCUUUUUGAACCUAUUUAUAUUUUCAGCCUAUACUAUUUUCAGAGUAUAGCAGGUUAUGUGUGCCAUUUUUAUUUUGUCCUGACUUUACCUCUCGAGUUUCAAGUGGUGAAAUUUUAGUAUUGGAAGACCUUAGUAGUGGGAGAAUUUCACAGGUUUGGUUUAUUUUGUUCUGUCCUUGAACAGAGUAAUCAUUUAUCAGUAUAAUGAAAUUAUGACCUGUUCUUAUUCCAAAUUCAAUGCUGGGCUGCUAGCAUAUUUCACAUUUUCCCGUGCUUACUGCACAAGAUUAUAGCAUCUUUUCCUAUCAUUCAAAGGGCAAAGGAUAGGGACAAAGGAACUAGUUACUUGAACACUGUCCUGCAUCCUUAAUUUUACUUUUUUCUUUCUUUUUUUUUACCAAUUACAUGUAAAAAUUUCCACACACGUUUUUUCUAAGUUGAUCAAACUUGACUGUCUUCCUCCCUUCCCUUCACCCUCCCCGUGCUGGCAGGUGAUUCAAUCUGGCUUAUACAUUACAUCCUUAAUUUUCUUUCAAUCAAUUUGAGUCAGAACUCAAGCCACUGCAUAAAAUAGCCUAUAAGAACUGUGCUUUAAGCAAAACCACCUAGUGAAUUUUGAAAUUGCCCUGUGUUCUAGCUAAUUCAUCUGUUCUUUCUCUUUCUUUAAACGUAACCUUUCCAGCAUCAUUAAAGAGUUCAUUAUCCAGUAAAGAUUUUAAACAAAUUUUGUUAUUUUGUAAAGCAAUUACAGGAUGUCCUGUAUUAGGGAGGGAAGGUGUCCUACAAAAAGUAUUCCUGUCUUGUUUUAACAAAGUAAAGCCUUUGGACAUAAAGCCAAACAGUAUGAAUAUGUAUACAGGUGAACUUCAUUUUAAGAAAGGCCAGGGUGACAUCCAACUAUCUUAGGAGGUGUGUUUUUGCAUCACAAGGAAUGUUUUAUUUUACAAAACUGUUCACCUUGCACUCUCCCGGUUCAUUUAAAAAAAAUUUUUUUUUUAAUUCUUUUAAACCCUUAUCUUCUGUCUUAGAAUCAAUACUAAAUACUGGUUCCAAGGCAGAAGAGGAGUAAGGGCUAGGCAAUGGGAGUUGAGACUUGCCCUGCGUCAUACAGCUGGGAAGUGUCUGAGACCGGAUUUGAACCCAGGACCUCCCAUCUCUAGGCCUGGCUCACUUUCUACUAAGCUACCCAGCUGCCCCUAAAAAAUGUUUUUAUAUACUCCUUCCUCCCCCCCCCCCUACUAAAAAUAUUAACUUAUAAUUUCUCAGGAAGAGACCAUUUGUGCUAAAUUAAAUCUCUGUACAUAUCCAAAUUCCUGUCUUCUUUCACUGUCCUGGUACAUCCCUAAUUCCCAACAAGUGUAAUUUUUUGAAAACUUUUGAAAUUCUCAUGCUUCCCCUUGCCAUGAGCUAAGUAAAUAGGGAUAUGGUCACUUAAAACUGUUUUCUAAGUUAAAUUGUACUGUUUUUUAAAAAAAGAUUAUCUGAUAUUAAGAAUAACACCAACUUCUGUUUCAUUUUUUUUUAAUGUUUGUUUUCUGUAGCCAUUAACGGCAAAGCUACUAACAUUUUUAGAAUUUUUAUAGUCAAAGUGGUUUAUUUUUUAUUGUUUUAAGUAAGGUCUGUCAUAGACAUGUAUAGUAGUUGUAUUUGGAAAUUCAGUAGCUUCCUUGGUAUUGUAAAAUCCAGUGACUAAGAAGCUAUGUCCUCUUUGCCAUAUAAAACCAGAAACUACCAGCAUGUCAGAAGUGAAAACGUAUUCCUUUUUCUGGAAACACUUUACAGUUGUAAUAUAAAUAAAUUUUUAUUUUAAUAUGUAUUAUGAAAUUCUAAUAUUGCACUAAAUAGGACAACUUUAAAAGCUGUAUCAUUUUACAGAUUAAUGUAGGUCUGAAUGCAGAAUUCUUUUUGUCCCAAAUGAGCAGUGAGAGAGGUAAAGUUUCUCUGCCUUCCGCCCAUACUGAAUGUUGACAGAGAAAGGAGAAUCAGCACUUUAUCUAGAAAUAAACUUUUCCAGCAAAUCUGAGGAGAUGAGGGGAAGAGCAAGCAGAAGCUUAAAAGCAAGGAAAAUACCUUUCAAAGCAGGCCAAGCUUUGUGAAGAUGCAUUCCCAGACACAAGACCCAAGAGUAUGAUUUGGUUUGCUUUGUUGUAUUUUAAAGAAGUUGACCACUGCUACUGUACUUGCUGUUGGGGCCUGAAUCCCCCAAAUCUUCUGUUCCCCUACAUCUGUACAGAAAAACUACACAAUCUAAAAGGAUGUACUUCAAAUUUGGUUGAAAAGCUAACUUCCUUUCCUUAUUCUCAGACACCCAAAGUGUUCUUUCUAAGACAACUGGGGAAGGAGAAUAUAUUCAAUAGGGAACAGAAGAUAUUGUUAAAACUGGUGACUUAUGUAUGGUUAUUUUCACUUCUAACUCAUUUCCCCUUUGAUUUUUCUUAUAAUAAGUUUUUUCUCUUGUAUUUUGGUUUUGUUCAGGGGUUCUGGAGCAGUGGUCAAUUGGCCACUUUGUAAUGUUAAACAGAUGCUGGUUGAGGAGUAAGUAAUGCACUGACUUUAGUCCCUUUUUCCUCUGUUCAAGGAAAGUUCAGAGCUGAUCUAUUUGUUUUCUGUUAUUUUUAGAUGUGUAAGUUAAUAUAUAUUUAUUUAUUUAAAAUACCACUGACUGUCCAUUAGUUAACUGCUACAGUCUGCUUUUGUUAUGUUGGGGCUCUACUGUUGUGCUGUAUAAGACAGUAAAAAUGUGAAUUAAAACAUCUUAAUACA